AUGGACGGUAAAAUAUCAUCGGUAUUCGAAAAAUACUUUUCGCCUUCACCGCUGGUGAACCAAAUAAGGAAUUUUGUCAAUCGGCAAAUAGACGAGCAAACGCCACAAAACGUAAGCACACAACCAACCGCUGUAGCGAAACUUCACAGUAAUAAUGUAGUGAACGGCACCACUCCGAAACCCAUCACAAGCAACGAAAAACCAACGGAAGUCCAAGUACAUCCACAACCCACUCAGCCUGCCGAUAGAAACUUAGUGCACGUUACUAAAGCACAGAUGAAAGAAUUUCAAGAAGCUUUUAGGUUAUUUGACAAAGACGGUGAUGGCAGCAUCACUAAAGAGGAAUUGGGUCGAGUUAUGCGGAGUCUUGGACAGUUUGCUAGAGAAGAAGAAUUGGAGACCAUGUUACAAGAAGUCGACAUUGAUGGCGAUGGAGCUUUCAGUUUUCAAGAGUUUGUAGAAAUUGUGUACAAUAUGGGGGGUACAGCAGAAAAGACGGCGGACCAAGAGGAAAAAGAGCUUCGAGACGCAUUUAGGGUAUUUGACAAACAUAACAGAGGAUACAUAAGUGCGUCGGACUUGAGAGCUGUCCUUCAAUGUUUGGGUGAAGAUUUGUCAGAAGAAGAAAUCGAGGAUAUGAUCAAGGAAGUAGACGUGGACGGAGAUGGAAGAAUCGAUUUUUACGAAUUUGUGAAUGCCCUUGGAGAACCAGGAGAUGAUUAUGAUGAAAACGAUGAAGAUGAAGAAGACAUUUACCCCCAAUUGGACAUUCAAACAUAG